AUGCGUCUCCCAGCGGCAGAGUCCACCCACACCUCCACCCACCACACCACCACCACCACCUCUACCAUGAGCUGCGAGCAGGAGUUCGGAGACGGAGCCAUGGGAGUCACGUUAACGCUGCGCCUCCUCAUGCACGGAAAGGAAGUUGGAAGCAUCAUCGGCAAGAAAGGGGAAACGGUGAAGAGAAUACGAGAAGAGAGCAGUGCGAGGAUCAACAUCUCAGAGGGCUCCUGUCCGGAGAGGAUCAUCACCAUCACGGGGCAGACGGACUGCGUGUUCAGAGCCUUCACCAUGAUCACGUUCAAACUGGAGGAGGACCUGUCGGCCCUUGUAGCCAACGGCACCGUGACCAGUAAGCCUCCGGUCACCCUGAGGCUGGUCAUCCCGGCCAGUCAGUGUGGCUCUCUCAUCGGCAAGGGCGGCUCCAAGAUCAAAGAGAUCCGGGAGACGACAGGUGCACAGGUGCAGGUGGCAGGUGACCUCCUCCCAAACUCCACAGAGAGAGAGGUGACGAUAUCAGGGAGCCAGGACGCCAUCAUCCAGUGUGUUAAACUCAUCUGCACCGUGAUCCUAGAGUCUCCGCCGAAGGGAGCCACUAUUCCCUACCGACCCAGCCCGACCCCGGGAACCAUGCUGCUGGCGGGAAACCAGGUGUUCGAGGCAUCAGACUUUGGCUCUCACCCUCUGUUCUCAGUGGCACAGGGAGGAGUGGACCUGCAGCAAACAUAUGCAGUACAGAGUCACUACGGCAUUCCACAUUCAGAGUUAGCAAAGCUCCACCAGUUGUCAAUGCAGCAACAGGGCCUGGCCCCCAUGAGCCAAUCAGCUACACAAAUUCUACCUGGAGGGAUGGACGCCAACUCCCAAACCACAUCUCAGGAGCUCCUCAUUCCAAACGAUCUGAUUGGCUCCAUCAUCGGUCGCCAGGGCACCAAGAUAAACGAGAUCCGGCAGGUGUCGGGGGCUCAGAUCAAGAUCGGCAGUCAGAUCGACAGCACCAGCGACCGCCACGUCACCAUCACCGGCACGCCGAUCGCCAUCAACCUGGCCCAGUACCUGAUCACCUCGUGUUUAGAGACCGCCAAAUCCACCGCCCAGUCCUCCUCCAUGCCGUCUCCCGUUGACCUGACCAUGAGCUUCACCCAAUCCGCCCCCCCGCCUCCUCGUCCUCCUCCCCCCCUGGCAGCGAUGGGCGCCGCCAUGCCCCACGCUCAAAUGCUGGGCGCCCCCUACGCCCUCCCCCUCUCCAGCCUCCUGGGAAUGAAAUCAUUCCCUUACCUGGCACUCUCCACCCCUCCAGCCUCAGCAGCAGCGGCGGCGGCGGCGGCGGCUGCAGCCAUCGGCGGCCCCAUGAUGCAGACAACGGCGGGCGUUCCGGUCCAGGCUCACGCGGCGGCGGCCUUGGCGUCCUACACGGCCAAGAUCUCAUCCUCAGCCAAUGGGAUGAAGAAGCCGGAGAGACAGAAGUUUGCGCCGUACUAA